AGCCCCUUUUUCCUUUUCCUGUUAUGAUACUCUCUUUUUCUCGACGACGAAAGUUACUGCUGUUGGUUGUAUUUUGGAUCUUAUCGAUUCUCUCCUUUUUGGCCUAUGAUCCAUCCUUGAUCACUGAUCUGGGCUACUACACACGUCCAAUUUGGGAUACCAAUCCACAGACGUUCGAAGUCCUACCUCAUUACUACGCUGAAGAUGUGUCCAUGGCCAAUCUGUGUCAAUUGCACGGAUGGACUCAUCUGAAGGAUGAAGAACGACCGCGGGUAUUUGACGCCAUUGUCUUUAGCGUGGAGCUGGAUCUCCUCGAAAUCCGCAUUCGAGAAUUGUGGGACGUUGUCGAUACUUUUGUCAUUUUGGAAUCCAACGCUACAUUCACGGGUGUCAGCAAACCACUCGUAUUCAAAGACCACCAAGAUCGAUUUGCUUUUGCAGCUUCCAAGGUUCGGCACUUUACCGUGGAACAGUAUGCUUUGCCUGCAAAUGAAGGGCCAUUUUACAAUGAAAAUCAGAUGCGACACCAUAUGAAUGCGGCUCUCAAAACUGCGGGCAUCCAACGAGGCGAUUUAUUGAUCAUGUCGGAUGUGGACGAGUUGAUUCGUGGCAAAACAGUGGAUAUUCUUCGUAGCUGCGGAGGCGUACCGGACCAGUUACAUCUCCAGCUGCGCAACUAUGUGUAUUCCUUUGAAUUCUUUGUCGACUUCAACUCUUGGCGCGCCCACAUUGAAAAGUACGACCCUGACAGUACCUCUUAUCGUCACGGCCAGGUCACCAAAAAUAUACUAUCGGAUGCAGGAUGGCAUUGUUCGUUCUGUUUUCGAACGAUUCAAGAUUUCCAGUUCAAAAUGCAGAGUUAUUCACAUGCCGAUCGAGUCCGCCACCAGCAGCUCCUGGAUCCGGAUCGGAUUCAGAAAGUGAUUUGUGAAGGCGGCGAGAUCUUUGAUAUGCCUCCCGAAGCUUAUACGUACAAAGAGUUGGUGUCCAAGCUAGGCAAUAUCCCUCAUCAAACAUCGGCGGUGGGAUUACCAAGUUACGUUUUGACGCACGCAGAUCGGUUCCAGUUCUUGUUGCCUGGCGAAUGCAUGAGAGAUAUAGAAACAGAAGCAUGAUCUGUAACCACCCAACUACGACAUCAACCUAAAAAGUUUUUUUUUCUGCUAUCAGCUAUUCAUUUAAAAUACCAACUACAUUAUCUCGGUUUAAGUAUAAAAAAACCAGAGAGAAAGACAUCAACGAUAAUGCAGUUCAAAAGAGAUGAAAAAAAGAAAAAAUUUAAAAUUGAAAGAUAGACGCAAGGCUAACGGAACGAUAAUGCAUCGUCCCGCUGGCUUGAGAAUCAUUUUCGUUAUUCAACAAGGUUUUUUUUUUUUU